AUGAAGACGGCGCAGCUCCUUUCUUUAUUCCUUGAUAGCGCGCGGAGCGGGGUCUUGUACCUCUCUUUGGCAAAACUCCGGCUAAGACCAGCGGCGAAAGUCAAUGCUCUCGAAAUUCGUUUGCCUUUAGGAGUUUGCUUCCUCGUUUUUAUUUGUUUGCAUGCAUUACUAAUCAUGUGUGAGUCAGAUGAAGGGAGUGAGUUUGCCUACAUAAUGAAGUUGAUAGAAAAAGGCAAGGUUACCAUAAAGAAUAUUGAACGAGAGCUCAUCUGCCCAGCAUGCAAGGAGUUAUUUACCCAUCCACUGAUCCUCCCUUGUCAGCACAGUAUCUGUCACAAAUGUGUAAAAGAAAUUCUCUUCUUCACACUUGAAGACUCUUUCACUGAUCUAGGCUCUGAAUCCUCCAGUCAAAGUAGCCCUCGUAUUCGAAUCCAUUCUCCUAGUUUGGAUAGAAUUGACAGGGUUAAUAGAUCAGGACUUGCCAUCUAUACAGGCUGGAAACGCAAUUCACUGACUCCUAAGAUGACCAUUUUUCCUUGUCCUGGCUGCCGGCAUGAUGUGGAUCUGGGAGAACGUGGUAUCAAUGGCUUAUUUCGAAAUUUCACCCUGGAAACUAUUGUGGAAAGAUACAGGCAGGCAGCCAGGGCAGCCACUGCUAUUAUGUGUGAUGCCUGCAAACCUCCACCUCAAGAAUCUACAAAGAGUUGCAUGGACUGCAGUGCAAGCUAUUGCAACGAAUGCUUCAAAAUACAUCAUCCUUGGGGAACUGUAAAAGCCCAGCAUGAGUAUGUAGGACCAACUACUAACUUCAGGCCCAAGAUCUUGAUGUGUCCAGAACAUGAAAUGGAGAGGGUAAACAUGUACUGUGAAAUUUGCAGAAGGCCUGUGUGUCAUCUUUGUAAAUUGGGUGGGUCUCAUGCAAAUCAUAGAGUAACAACCAUGAGCACUGCCUACAAAACUCUCAAGGAAAAACUUUCAAAGGACAUAGAAUACCUCAUUAGUAAGGAGAGCCAGGUGAAAGGUCAAAUUUCUGAACUGGGUCUUUUAAUGAAAGAAACAGAGUGCAAUGGUGAGAGGGCUAAAGAAGAAGCAUCUAAUAACUUUGACAAGCUGUUUGAUGUUUUGGAAGAGAGGAGAUCAGCUGCUCUGAGGGCAAUUGAGGCGUCCAAGAACUUAAGACUAGAGAAACUCCAAACCCAAAUAGAGGAAUAUCAAGGACUUCUGGAAAACAAUGGUCUUGUUGGAUAUGCUCAAGAAGUGCUUAAAGAAACAGACCAAUCUUGCUUUGUUCAAACAGCAAAACAGCUCCAUGUUAGAAUUCAAAAAGCUACUGAAUCUCUGAAGAGUUUCAGGCCAGCAGCUCAAACUUCUUUUGAAGAUUAUGUGGUUGAUAUAACAAAGCAAGAAGAGGUUCUUGGAGAUUUGUCCUUUUACUCCAGUGGUCUAGAUGUACCAGAGAUCAAUGAGGAGAAGAGCAGAAUGUAUAAUAAAGCUUUGAUCUGUUGGGAACAUCUAGUGAAGGAAGAUUCAGCUGAUACCUAUAUCCUUGAAUACCGUAAACUUAAUAGAGAAGAGGAGAAUGCAACAUGGCAAGAGAUUGAAGCCUGCAGCAAGAGUAAAGUAAUCUCUGACCUUGAAAAUAACAGCAGCUAUGCCUUUAGAGUCCGAGGAUAUAAAGGAUCUAUCUGUAGCCCCUGGAGCAGGGAAGUUAUUUUACACACACCUGCAGCUCCAGUCUUUAGUUUUCUUUUUGAUGAUAAAUGUGGCUAUAACAGUGAACGUCUCAUGCUGAAUCCAAGGAGAACCUCUGUGGAAAGUAGGGCUGGAUUUCCUUUGCUGCUAGGGGCUGAACGUAUCCAAGUGGGGUGUUACACAACUCUGGACUACAUCAUUGGAGACACUGGAAUCACAAAAGGGAAGCACUUUUGGGCUUUUCAUGUGGAAUCUUAUUCAUACUUGGUGAAAGUGGGAGUUGCAUCUAACACUAAACUACAAGAAUGGCUCCAUAAUCCCCGUGAUGUAACCAGCCCAAGAUAUGAACAAGACAGCGGUCAUGACAGUGGGAGUGAAGAUACCUGCUUUGACUCAUCACAGCCUUUCACAUUGAUUACUUUAGGCAUGAAUAAAUUCUUUAUUCCCAAGGCACCUACUGCUCCCAAAGAUUCUGCAAAUAGAAUUCUUCCAAUGCCAUCUUGUAUAGGAAUCUGCCUUGACUGUGACAGAGGCAAAGUUGGAUUCUAUGAUGCAGACCACAUGAAAUGCCUCUAUGAGCGCCAGGUAGACUGCUCUGGUACAAUGUAUCCAGCAUUUGCAUUAAUGGGGAGUGCAGGAAUUCAUCUUGAGGAAGCCAUCACAGCAAAGUAUUUGGAAUACCAAGAUGAUAUGUAG